CUACGUCAUAACUGUAUUUUGAAACCGAAAGAUAGCUCAUCGCCCGUUAGUACUCUAAAGAAGCCAUUGUGAGAUCAAUUCACAGUGUUUCCAACUUUUGCGUUAUGUCCACCAGACUUCUUGAACCGAAGCAUGAUUCAGGAGCUUCAAAUCCGGGGACAUCUGCUAAGAGCAGUGGCUGGCUACUUCCACCACCCGUGGAUGCUCAAGGCAUGAAUUUUUAGACCGACUUUGACUGCUCUCGCUAAAUAUGUCGAUAGAUAGUCAUGAGCUUGACCACGAGAAAGAACGAUACGAUCGGGGAUAUCGUGUUCACGAAAGCAGGAAGUUCCAAUUCGGCCGAGUAUGUAGUCAUCUACUUUAAUCUUGAAACUUGCUAAGCAAGUAGGUUUUCGAAAUACCGUUGGAAAAAACCGAAGAAAAUGCCCACGAUUUAAGAGGUGAAACUAAGAUUACUUGGAAGGUCUCGUCAGACGUCAAUCAUCACUUUCAAACUAAGCAGCUUUUAAUUGUCGAGGAGGGUAAGCGCUUUUGUGUUUGCCGGUAAGUUUACGCCCAUCUAGCCGUUAACAUGACAUUGCUAUAAGACGUGGGUGUUGAUAAAUUCUGGCCUUAGUUCCGUCCGUAGAUAUCGCCCCGGGGAGACGAACAGGAAAGUUGCUGAUGCGAAACAACACGCAUUUACUUACAGUGAUAAGCCUACCCGUGGUCUGAUCGAGGAAAAAAAGGAGAAGGUAUUGAAGGUGCUAUCGAUUGGGGUCAUUCCAAAUGGCUCACGAGGGAUGCUUUAUGCAACGUUUGGGCUAAAUUACGGAGAAUAUUUCAUAAUUGAAUAUGACGUGAAGGUAUCGUUCAUUGGAAGAUUGGCAAAAGAGUCAGAGCUGGACGUAGCCAUUGAAAGUGGUUGUGUUAGUAAACAAUACUACACAGCCACGGCAAUCGCCAGUAGUCUUCUGAAGCUUUCACCAUCAAAUCGCUGUACCAUUAUUGUGUCAGAGCAAUCUUCAAAAGCGGAGCGAAUUUUGGAAGAAUUGCUAUUCUUUGAUGAGGAUGUGCAAUCACUUUAUUGCGAGGCUUUAUCCAAAAACUUAACUACCGCUGAUAUGUUCGAGACCAAUAUUCGACAAUGCAUACUGGAUUUUUCAGAGAAUUUGGAGGGUGAAGUAACGACGCCUCAGGUGGUCAACGCUGCAAAAUACGCCAGGGCUAACUCACGAAAAUUAAUUACAGAAAUGCAAAUGGUGCUUACAACUAGAUUCGAGAUAUCAAAUUUUGCAUAUUCCCAAGCGAAGUUGACGGACCUUCAAAAGAGAGUAAAUGAAGAACGACCGUUUGGUCAAUGGGUCGAUACUCAUGAACUGGGCGUCGAAACUGCUACAAUCAAGGACGCAGUCUCAUGGAAGCUUUUCUUGGAGGAUUUCAGACUUUCCUUGAACCCUAACCAAGUGGAGAGGGCGUUGUGUGAUAUUUGGCCAAUCAACAUUCCCAGAGACAUGCAAAAUCGCAUCAGUUAUGUGGUGCGAUGGGAAAUUCCAAAUUACAUUAUCAGGAAUUUUCCCAGCGGUCAAUCACUUGGAGAAAUAUUGACACUUACAGGAGACACUGCUGGCAGUAUAGCACAGAGCUGCAGAGAGUAUCUGCAGUCAAAUUUUCAUAAAAUCGGCCUAUAUGUUCUAGAAGCGGUCGAGGCUCGUCUGUGCAACAGCUCUAAUAUUAAUGGCAAGUCUAAGCUUAUCAUGGUCACUGCAUGCAUCAUUCUGACUUGCUUGCAGUAUCAAUUAAGAAGGAUAUAAUUACUCUAGAUUUGUCAUAUCAUGAUAUUGAGGAUAAAUCGGUUGUGGACGUGACAAUCACUGCGAGCUACUUCGUCCAUGAAAAAGCUGCCUUAGCCUUAUCCUGGCUUUGCGCUGCUCUACGGGAACCAUCAAAUGAUUUCACAUACUAUUCAUCUGUUGCGGUCCAAGCCUCCAAGAAAACUUUAGCUGAAGGAUCUAAUUACAACAUGAAAAGUCGACCGAGAGAUAUAAUCACUGUGACACCUCGCGAUCUUCACACCACACUGGACGGCACAGAGUGCUGGCACACGUUGUUUCCUCGCAUGGUUGUUGCUAAGGGAUUUCCAGUCAGAAAGCGCUCCCAAGGUCGGGGCUUAGACAUAUCAUUUGCUGAUAUGGCGUUAGUAGCUGGGUGCCUGAGCCUGGUGAUGUUUGAUGAUGGACUGAUUGCAAACGGUUUGAAUUCUGUUUUGAUUCCGGUCGGGGAGUUAUCGGAUGAUAAUGCGAUACAAUGGCACUACCGUCCAAAGACCGCCGAAGACCGAAAAUCAAGAAGGCCCACAUUUGAAAUUGUGGAAGAAACUGGAGACUGGUACAAAGAGUUAAACCCUCAUCGAUUAAUAAAUCGAAGGUGUUUUCUUGGAUGGGUCCCGGAAGCCUCUAUUUUAAUUGGCACAAAUUUUUUUUCCGACACGGGGAUAACUUAUUCAGCGGCAGAAAGAGUUCCAGACAAUCGCCGGGUCGUAUCCUAUAAUAUCACGCUUGGAACUGGAGGAACUGGAAUUUUUACAGCCACGGGAAGUGUUGGUUUGACUACUUCGUCAAUGCCAUCUACCAUAACCACUAAGACUGAGAAAGACAUACAUGAGAUUCUGACGGACGGGAUAAAUGAUACUGUUCUCAUGUAUGACAGUGAGAAAAAAACUGCGUGGUAUCUACCUCAGUCCUGCGUUGUCCUUUUCCUAGUACAAGCGAGGAUUACACGACACUGUUGGCAAGUUUUAGAGGGCAAUGAACUUAAACACCUGAAGCUAGCGAAUCCUGGCUCAGGUGGAUCAGAGGCUAAUGAGGCAUUAAAAGCAAACCUAAACUUGCAUUUGAAAAAGGAGAAUUCUCAGCCCGCCGAGGGAUACCGUGAGGAAACUGUUGGCAGCCUCAUUAAGGUUAUUUGGCAAGCCUUAGAUGACAUCGGCACGGGUUUAAGGUCUAUCCAGAAGGAAUUUUCCAGAGCUAAAGAGCAUCCUCCUGAGUAUAUCUAUGGGGUUGAGUAUCACGAUACGGUGGAUAUGAGAGAGACUAAGAACGUCAAACGAGCAGCCGUUUCUCAACCAUGGGCGAAUCUUACCAAAGAUUACCCCACCGCAAUCUUUUGUAGUAACCUUGGACAUCCAAUUGUACCAGUUCAACCAGAGCUAAUAUGUCGGCCGUGGCAACUUGUGCCUUCAGAAAAGGAUCACCUAGUAGUCACCUGUCCUGUUGUGCAGCACUAUCUGACACGGGCGGAAAGGAUUUGGCGAGAACGUGGAGUGGAAUUUUGACAAGAAACUCAUGCACAUCCAUGUACUCGGCAAAAAAACCGCCGUCCACCAUGUUCAACUUCUUCGCAAAACCGACAGGCCUCAGCCAAACAAUGGUCUGUUGAGUCUCGUAGCCGAACAUCCGAACGGGAGCUUUAUAUUCAACAAAUUCAAGCUUCUUAAGAGCUGCCCCGAAAUUGUUCCUUCACUGGCAGGAGUAAAGUCACAGAUUGAUUCGGGAUCUACUAAUGAUAUCAAUAUUGGCGAGAGACAAUCCACCGACCACCUCUAUUCUAGCUUUGACAAACAGAGCACUGAGCCAUCCAGUCCGAUUAUUGGUGUUCGCAGCAAUAGCUUCACAGAAAAGCGCAAUGCAAAUGAUGCGCUCAUGCGCCCAGCUCCAUCAGACAUUUCGGAAUGGGAGUUAUUCCUUGGUUCUUCUGAAAGUGCGACAUUAAAUAGUAACCUGCACUUGCACUCUCCCUGCUCCAAUAGUACCCUAUCCAGCGACAUUCGAAACAGGUCUAGCAUGACUUCCACGAGAACAAGUGAGGACCCGGAAGCUCAAGGCCCUUCAAACUCACUUAAUUGUCAUGGGAGUAUCUCAAGGAAAGAAGACAACCCUAAACCCUGCAAUUAAUGCGAUACCAUUGAACAAGAUCUAGGAACAAGGUGAGGCAACCAAAAAAUCCGAUAUGCAGUGCAUUUCUAAAUCUGCAAUAGUUGCGCGGUACAGUCAUCUGAACAAUAUGGCAAAGGGGGGUUCUAGGGUAUGAGUCUAUAUAUUCAACAUGUAUGACUCGCGCAGGAUAAGGAAGUGAGGAAAUUGGGAAUUAAAUCCUAUAUAUGCGGAUGCUGUGGAGUGGUACUACUUAUUUAUUGAAAUACUGAAUGCGAGUU